AUGAGGGUCUUGAUAACAGUUACAUUACUUAUAUCUGGAAACCAUGCUGCUCCUGAUGGGUAUGGAGCUACAGGAGGUAGCUUUGGCAGCGGAAGCUUCGCUGGCGGAGGAAGUUUUGCGGGUGGAGGAGGAUUUUCUGGUGGAGGACGAGUCUCAAGUGGAAUAGCAUCUAGCGGAAGAGGAUUUUCUGGUGGAGGACGAGUCUCAAGUGGAAUAGCAUCUAGCAUAGGAGGAUUUUCUAGUGGAGGAAGAGCCUCUGGCGCAGGAGUAAUAUCAAGUGGAGGACGAGUUUCCAGUGGAGGCGGAUUCUCCGGUGCGGGAGGAUUCUCUGGUGGACGAUUAUCUAGUGGAGGAGGAUUCUCAAGUGGACUGUUUAGUGGCGGUGCUGGAUCUGGGGGCUGUAGCAGUGGAACGGUCCUGCAUGUGGAUGGAUCUUGCGUCACCCCCGAAGUUACGAGAAGUGUUUAUGUGUACGACGCUCCUGCACAGCCCUUAGCUCCAAGUGGGCCACCACCAAGGAUUCCACCGCCAAGGGUUGAUCACAAUAUCGUCUUUGUGCGUGUUCCUGAAAAAGGUGCCGGUCCCGAGCCUAUUGUUAUACCACCGCCACAGCAGGAAAAUAUAAUAUACGUGCUUAACAGGAAUGAAGGAGAUGGAGGACAGCAAGUUAUUGAAGUACCAGCUCCUCCUCCUUCUGAGCCCGAGGUGUUCUUCGUCAACUAUGCUGACGGGGAAAAUCCUCAACUCCCAAUUGGUGUGGAUCUCCAAACUGCUCUCCAAGCUGCAGCCAACGGAGGAGGACAAGUCAUCGGUGGCGCCGGAGGUGCUGGAGGAAUUGGAGUUGGACUGGGUAGUAGUGGAGGCUUUAGAAAUGGCUUUGAAGCUAGUGGAGGUUUUGGCGGAACAAGAGGUGGAUUUGUCGGAAGUGGCUUUGGUGGCAGCGGAGCAUUUAGUGGAACAGGAGGUGGAUUUAGCGGAAGUGGAGGUGUUGGUAGGGGUUCAGGAGGAGGUGGAGUAAGUCAAGCAGGUGGAGGAUUUCUUAGCGGCGUCGGAGACAGUGGAGAAGUUAUUUUCACCGGAGAUUCAGGAGCUGGUCUCGUUAGCGCUCCCGCGUCCAGUUACAGUUCUCCCUGA